AUGGCGGGACCGGAAAACCAGGUGACAGGUUAUCUCCUGUUCUCUCUGACCACCGCCGUCAUCGGCUCCCUGCAGUUCGGAUACAACACGGGAGUCAUCAAUGCUCCCGAGGAGAAACUCAGAGCCUUCUUCAACAGCACCUGGGUGGAGCGCUAUGGCGUGCCCAUCUCCCCGGGCGUCUGCACCAUCGUGUGGAGCGUCUCCGUCGCCAUCUUUAGUGUGGGCGGUAUGGUGGGCUCCUUCAGCGUGGGCGUCAUGGCCAACCGGUUCGGCAGGCGUCGCUCCAUGUUCCUGGUGAACGUCCUGGCCGUGAUCGGCGGCCUCCUCAUGGGCUUCUCCACCAUCUGCUCCUCCUACGAGAUGGUGAUCGCCGGCCGUCUGGUCAUCGGCCUGUUCUGUGGCCUCUUCACCGGCCUGACGCCCAUGUACGUGGGCGAGGUGUCACCCACCCCCCUCAGAGGCGCGUUCGGGACCCUGCACCAGCUCGGGGUGGUGGUGGGCAUCCUCAUCGCUCAGAUCUUCGGCUUAGAGGGUCUGCUGGGCUCCGACAAGCUGUGGCCCCUGCUGCUGGCCCUCACCGUGGUCCCUGCCGUGGUGCAGUGCGUCCUGCUGCCCUUCUGUCCCGAGAGCCCCCGCUUCCUGCUCAUCAACCUCAACAAGGAGGAGGAGGCACGAAAAGCGCUGGUGCGUCUGCGCGGCAGCGAGGACGUGAGUAAAGACCUUCAGGAGAUGAAGGAGGAGAGCGCCAAGAUGGCCAUGGAGAAGAAGGUGACCAUCCCCGAGCUCUUCCGCUCGCCGGCGUACCGCCAGCCGCUCCUGGUGGCCGUCAUGCUGCAGCUCUCCCAGCAGCUGUCGGGAAUCAACGCGGUGUUCUACUACUCCACCGGGAUCUUCAGCUCGGCCGGGGUGAAGCAGCCCAUCUACGCCACCAUCGGGGCCGGCAUCGUCAACACCAUCUUUACCAUCGUCUCUCUCUUCCUGGUGGAGAAGGCCGGACGCCGGACGCUGCACCUCCUGGGGUUGGGGGGGAUGGCGGUGGCCGCGGUGCUCAUGACCAUCUCGCUGCUGCUGAAGGACAUCCCUGCCAUGAGCUACCUGGCCAUCCUGGCCGUCAUGAUGUUCGUGGCCAUGUUUGAAAUGGGCCCCGGUCCGAUUCCCUGGUUCAUCGUGGCCGAGCUGUUCUCCCAGGGGCCCCGCCCGGCGGCCAUGGCGGUGGCCGGCUGCUGCAACUGGACGGCCAACUUCCUGGUUGGAAUGAGCUUCCCCAAGCUAGUGGAGUUGUGCGGGCCGUGGGUCUUCCUCAUCUUCGCCACCUUCCUCGUCCUCUUCUUCAUCUUCACCUACAUCAAAGUCCCGGAGACGAAGGGCAAGACCUUCGAUGAGAUCGCCCAAAGCUUCGGCAGCCCCCCUCCCACCUCCUCGGGUGUGGAGGAGCCUCCUGCAGGAGCCAGCUCGGCCGUGACGCUCCCCGCCUCGCCGCUGAAGGAGAAGGUUCCUCUGGUGGCGGCUCCGGCUCCGGCUCCGGCUCCGGCUCCGGCUCCGGCUCCGGCCACGGAGACGACUCCUCUGGAGGAUAAAUCCAAGUCGACCGUGCAGGAGAGCGUUGUAGAGCGGCUGCAGACUCACCUCUCACGGGCGAAGGAGGUUUUAAACGAAGGAAGCUUCAGAGAUUUAAAAAAAAUGCUGUAA